AUGCAGAAACAAUUUUCCUUUUAUAGAAAUGAAAUUUACUUCUAUAAAAUAAAAAAAAUUAUCUGCGUUUUUCUAAGUUUUCCUUGUAGUGUUUUUACUUGGAAUUCUAAAAAAAAUUUUGGAACAUAUGGAGCAGUAACAAGAAAAAAACAAAAGCAGAGAGAGAAAUUUUACGAAGAAAAGUAUAAGCAUAAUCCUAACAAUAUACCAAAAUAUUCCAAGGUAAAAAAAGGAAGUAGAGGUGGAUGGAUUUAUAAUCCUUUAAAAGAAGUUACCAAAAAUAGUGGAAGCAAUUUUAUGUAUGAACAAAAAAUAAAAGAAGAAUUAAAAUCAGAAGAAAAUGAAUGCAUUAAAAAUCUUAUAAAGAUUCGAAAAGAAUCUAUAAAUAAAAAUGCUUUUUAUGACAAUAAAAUAAGUUAUAGUGAAAUAUUUAAGGGUAAUAAUAGUUCUAUGAAUAAAAAUAAAGAAGCUAAGUUUUCUAACAUUAAUUUUUUUUCUCUAUGUGAUGAUUUUAUUGAUAAAAAAAAAGAAAUAAUUUAUAAAAUAGAGAACCCUCAACAUUUUGUUGAUAAGCAUGUAAAGUCCUUGGUAAACGAAUAUAAUAACAUAAACACACUACACGAAAAUUAUAAUGUAAAUAACUAUCCUAAAACACCUGGAUACUUAAAAGAUUUAAAUAAGAAAAAAAAAAAAAAUCUUAAUAAUAUUAGUUUAAAAAAUACUGAAAAUAAGGAAAAAAAGGAAAAUAUAAAUGAAAUCCAAACAUGGAUUAAUGAACAUAAAACUAGUAAUUUUUAUAAUUCUUCAAAAAAUAUAAUGAAUUAUGAUUCAAUAAACAUAAGUACUGAUAAAUCCUAUCAUGAUUUAAAGCAAAAUAACAAUAUUACAGAUAAUGAUGAUAUGAACGAUGCUAAAAAAAAAAUAAAAGGAAAUGAAUUGGACAAUUCUAAUAAAGAUAAAAAUAAGAUUACUAAUUUUGAUAAAGAAAAAGUUGAAAAUAACUUGAAAAAUUUAUAUAUUGAAGACUUUUUAAAUUAUACAGAUGAAAACGAAUUUGAUAUCACUAGCUUAGAUUCCUUUACUGCAUUAAAUACAGUAGAUAGGAACAGAGUAUUAGGUACAUUUUUCAGUUCAAUGAAUGCCUCUUUCAUUUUAUAUAAUAAUUGUAUUAUUCCAUCAAAAUUUCCAGAAGGAACAAUAAAUGAAUAUUUUAAUACAAGAAGUAAUUGCUCCUUGUUUGAUAAAUCAUAUCAGCUUAUAAUUAAAUUAAGAGGUAGUGACUGCUUCUAUAUAUGUAAUCAAUUUAUAUCUAGUGAUUUAAAUGAUAUGAAGAAUUACGAUGCUUGUUAUUCAUGCAUUUUAGAUAAUAAAUCCUUUAUUAUAGAUACAUGUUAUGUAUUAAAAUGUGAAAAUGAAAUUAUAUUAAUUACUUCAGGAUAUUAUAAAAAGGGUUUAUAUGAAUUUUUAAGCGAUUAUAUUUUAUUUUGUAAAGAUUGUGGAAUGGAUGUUGAAAUAGAAGUCGAUAUAAAUAAAAGAGUAUUAUCUUUACAGGGGCCAUUAUCUAAUAUAGUCUUUAAUGAUAUUUUAGAAUAUUUUGCAUGGAAAAAUAAGGAUAAAAAUAUAAGAUACUUAAAAAAUGUUAUAAAAAAAAAUAAUGAAAAUGAUAUUUAUUUUAAAGAUGAAGAAAUCGUUGACUUUUUUAAAAUACCAUAUAUGAGUUUUAAAAAAUUAAAAAUGAUAAACAAUUCAUUGAAAAAAGAGAGAAAUAAUAACGAAAAUGAUAAAUUUCACAUAUAUGAAGUAAUAUGUAUAAGAAUUGGAGAUACCGGGGAAGAUGGAUAUGAAUUUAUAGUUGAUAAUAGUGUAAGUGAUAUUUUUGCUCAGCUAUUUUUAAGUCAUAUAAAAGUAAAAUUGGCUGGUGCAUAUGCAUUAGAUAUAUUAAGAAUGGAAUCUGGUUUUCCUCAAUAUGGAAUUGACAUUUUUAAAAACACAUCCCCUAUCUCUGCUUCUUUAUCAUGGACAUUAAAAUAUAAAAAAAUAAAAGAAAGAAGUAUUUUUGGAUUUCAAAAUCUUUUAAAAGAGUAUAGCAUGAAAUCUAAAAUUUUACGUAUUGGCAUUAUAUGUAAUGAAUUAGUUUUUAAAACGUGUAAAAUAUUAUCUUAUCCAUAUAAAAAACCUAUUGGGUAUAUAACAUCUUGCACAUGGAGUCCAGUAUAUAAAAAAAGAAUAGCUCAAGGUUAUAUUAAAAGAGAAUUUGCAAAAAAUAAUGAAAAAGUUCUUAUAUCUAUACCUACUGAUAUUCCUCAAGAAUUUUCCAAAAAAAAAAUAUAUAAAAUACUAAGAAGUAGAUCUGCACAUAAAUUCACACUUGCUCAAGUUUGUGCAUUGCCUUUUGUUGAACAUAAAUAUUGA